AUGUCAAACAAUCCGAAAUGGCUGAGCGUGCCGCCGUCGGCCCACACAGUUGCGGUUCGUCUUAUAGAAGAGGUUGGGCUGAUGUCGCUUCCGUCAGCGUUGUUCUUGGACCCAGUGUCUGAAGGCCACGAAGUUAUGAACGGAGGUGACUUGGCUUUUUUAGUCGAAAACAAGAACUUCGGGAAAAUGGCUGUUUUUGACUUGGGUGUCCGAAAGGAUUGGUGGAACCUACCACCAAAAGUUCGAGAUCCGCUUGCGUUCUGCGUUGGCGUUAAAGUGGAAAAGGAUGUUCCUGAAGUACUAAAAGACAGCAGUAUAUCAUUGAAUGAUAUAAACGAUGUUAUCUGGAGCCACUCUCACCUUGAUCAUAGAGGUGAUGUGUCACUAUUUCCUCCUAGCACUACCCUUAACUAUGGAAAAGAAGUGGCAGCUCUAAAGCCUGAUGUCACUGGCGAGGCAGAUGCCGUCUUUCUCGCAUCAGAUUUCGCUGGACGCCGUAAUAACGAAAUCGAUUUCAGCAAAUCCACCCUCAAAAUUGGAGGUUUUCCAGCACUUGAUUUUUACGAUGAUGGAUCCUUCUACCUGUUGGACACCCCGGGCCAUGAUCACGGCCACAUUAGUGCCCUGGCCAGAACCACUAGCACAGCGGCCGGACAUGCCAAAGAUACAUUCAUCCUUUUAGCUGGUGAUGCAUGCCAUUUCUGUGGUGUGCUGCGACCAAAUGCUUCACACCCGUUCCCAACUCGUCAUUUUCCCGACUCCAGCAUUGGGCUUUCCGGUUCCGAGAGCCCAGAGACGUUGCUGCAAAGGCACCCUCAGUUCCCGCGGUCUUCUGAUGCAGUAAAUGAAGCAUCGCGCGUAACGCCAUGGUACGGUGUUGCGACGGGCCAGCUCUCUACGUUCAUCGACCCUGUAGUUGGUCAAAAUACGGCCAAUAAGGUCAGAGAGGCAUUCGAUGAAAUGGACAAUGUUUUUGUGGCAGUGUGCCAUGAUCUUGGCCUACUAGUCCAAGAAAACGGAAAGCCUGUGUUGCCCUCGUUAAACAAGGCCCCGCAAGAAGAUCUCAACAGCUGGUACGAGAAAGGUUGGAAGGAUAAGGUGUACUGGACCUGGGCCAAUGAACUAGGUAAAAAGGAUGAACAUGGAAGAGUGCAGCCGCAAGAGCCAGCGGUGACUGGAUUCUGGAUGAAUGGGAAGCGAUACGAAAAGGCACAAGAUGUAUUCGAAGAAGCGCGCAAAAGUUGA